AUGAAGAAAAGGCAACAAAAAAGAGAAGUCCAUAAUACUUCCUUUACCGGCUGGAGAGAAGUUGCUGGCUGGGAGCCCAAGGACACACUCACUGCUGAUGAUGAGCUCAUGGAUCUUCUUACAAAGCAAACUUUCCUGGAGAACUCUUUGCCAGAGAUUGCUUAUGGAGAUUGGUACCACAAUUUCGCAGCAUUGGUUCUGGGUGCAACUUUGUGUUGGAUUGUUGGAAGGUUCAAGCUGUCACUUGCUUUAGUUUUCUUUAUCGUUUUACCCUUGGCCUUAUAUUACAGAACGUCUAUUCGAAAGUUCCGUGGCUUCUUGAGAAGGGAAUUGCAAAGAGAAUUUGUCGUUAGAAAUAUGGAAAAUGACUAUGAGACAAUGAACUGGUUGAACGUAUUUUUGGAUAAGUACUGGAUCUUUUUGGAGCCAGGUGUCUCGAAGAUGGUCUGCGAGCAAGUCAACCCAAUUCUUGCAAACUCUCCAGCUCCAGCUUUCAUAAAGCAACUUUGGUUAGGAGCCUUCACUGCUGGUACCAAGCCUCCUAGAAUUGAUAUGUGCAAAACUCUUGCUGGAACUAAUGACGAUGUGUCUGUCAUGGAUUGGGGUGUAUCUUUCACUCCCAACACUUUAGCAGAUGCCACUGUUAAACAGAUGCGUAACCGAAUCAACCAGAAAGUCAUUGUUAAGUUAAAACUUUAUGGACUCACUCUGCCAAUAGUGGUAAGUGAUAUUUCGUUUCGUGUUUUGCUACGUGUUCGUCUUCGAAUGAUGACCCAAUUCCCACAUGUCAGAACCGUUAACUUAUCACUAGUCAACCCUCCUGAGUUUGACUUUUCUUGUCGCAUAUUUGGAGGAGAUUCUAUUUUAUCGUUCGAAAUUUUGAGCAUCCCAGGGCUGAAGUUUUUGAUUGACGACAUGAUCAAAAAGUAUAUCGGAAGAAUGCUAUUCGAUCCCCUUUCUUUUCAGCUGAAUGUCCCCAUGCUGCUUGCAGGAGAGGCCUUUGGAUCUCCUUCUGGGAUCAUAGAAAUCAAUGUUAAAAAGGCCACUCAUAUCAAAGCUGUUGAUACUUCCGGUGGUAAUACAGUGGAUCCUUAUGUCAUCUUUAGUUUUGGGGGAAAAGAGAUCGCCCGUACUUCAACCAUUGAGGAUACGAGAGAGCCAAUUUGGAAUGAAACUAUUCGUUUCUUGGUCUCAGACUUUUCCGAGCCUUUGCAUUUAGACAUGUACGAUUUCAAUGAUUUCAGAAAGGACCAGCUUGUUGGAAACAUUCUUUAUGAUUUGGGAGCCUUCAUGGACGAAGAUGAACUGAGUGAUUUGGAACUUCCAAUAUUAAGAAAUAAUAAGCGAGUAGGAACGCUCCAUUUGGAUAUGAAGUACAUGCCUAUCAUACAUGGAUCUACACUUCCUGAUGGUUCGUUUGAUCCACCUCCUGAACUGAAUAGUGGUAUCACCUCGCUCACUGUAGUUGGUGCAAGAGGGUUCAAUGAAUCUGACAAAGUAAUCUCUGUAACUGCUGAAGUUUACUUGAACAAAGAACUAAUCAACAAGACUGGGGCCCAAAAGAGCAAUGAUCCCAAAUGGAAUUCCCUCGUACAUCAUAUGAUUGAUAACCGUGCAGAUUCUUAUAUUGACAUACUGUUGAGAGACGGGAAGAAAAAUGUAAUUGGUGCCUUGCACCGCCGUUUGAUAGACGUUGUGGACUCUUCUAUCGUGGGAUAUUCUUGGUUCCCUCUGAACGAAGGUGGGGAAGUUGAACUGAAGGCCUCAUGGGGACCAGUUGAACUUCCCGGUGGUGAAAAAGCCGAUAGUUAUGUGGAGCCAAUUGGUGUUGCUCGUAUUUUCGUUGACAGCUGUACCGGCCUGCCCAACUUAGAGAGAAUUGGUGUCAUAGACCCAUAUGUGCGUAUUCUGGUUAAUAACUUUCAGAGAUGCAGAACUUUGGUUCAAAAUUCUACAGUUAACCCUGUCUUCAAAGAAGUGCUAUAUGUCACAGUCGCAUCUCCAAACCAAAAAAUCACUAUUGAAGCAAUGGACGUAGAGAAGAAUGGCAGGGAUCGAACGUUAGGUGCUGUUGCGCUUAACCUGGCUGAAUUUGUCGGCAAGAAUGAUGAAGGAAAAUACAUCGAAAGCCGCUCUGAUGAAACUAAAGAAGCUAGGCUCAUUUCCAGCAAGGGAGUGAAAGGUACUAUCAAGUAUUCCAUUGAUUUCUUUCCAACCAUUCCAGUCGUUUCUCAAAAUGAGCUGAAUAAGAAGGCCGCUAGAGAAAAAGAAAAAGAAGAACAGAAGAAGAAAUUGGAAGAAGAGUCCGAGGGCAAGGCCGAGGAACUUAAGAAAGCUGAGAAAGAGAAAGCCAAAACUUUAGCCCUUCUUGAAGAGCUUGAAAAAGAACAAGAAGAGCACAAAUUGAAUCUUUCUUUUGACGAGCUUAUCAAGUACCAGCAAGGUGUCUUUGUCUACGAUAUUAUUAGUGGAGAUUUUGGUCAUGAAUCUGGUUAUCUUCAGGUAUACUUUGAUCAAAAUGGUUAUUCACAAUUCACCACUCGAAAAAUUCGCAAAGGUGGUAAGCACCGACUAGGUGUCAACGGUGAUUAUCUAGUUAAAGAGCUGGAAUAUUCUCAGACGGUGAUACGAUAUGUGAAGGACUUUUCAGCUAAUAGAUUGAAGAACAGCAUGGCUGAAAUUUCCCUUCCAACUAUACAGCUUCUUCAGAGAUCUUACGACAAACCGUACUUGUUGAAACUUCCUGGUCAAUCGGGCACUAUUUCAAUUUAUCUUCAGUGCAGUUGGAUCCCUGUUUUAAUGAGUCAAUUGCCAUCUCAAGAUUCCAUCGGAAACUCUGGUCAAUUAUCAGUAACUGUCCUUAAAGGUAAAGAUCUUCCUUCUGCAGAUAGGAAUGGAAAAUCUGAUCCUUUCUGCGAACUUUACUUGAAUGAUAACCAGGUCUACAAGACGAAAAAGAUCAAGAGAACUCUCAAUCCGGAAUGGAACGAAUCUUUUGAGGUUGAAAUUGGUAAUCGAUGUGGAAGCAUUCUGAAUAUUGAUUGCAUAGAUUGGGAUGUUGCCUCCCACAACGACAAGCUGGGAUCAGGUCAUGUGUCUCUGGCAGACAUUGAUCCUAUGUCACCUACAGAACUGACUGUUCCUCUCAAGGACGACGACGGCCUGGAAGCUGGAGAGGUGUAUCUUCGCUUUGUUUUCAGACCUAAGUUUGUCAUUCUAUUACGGCCUGAAACCACUGCCUUUUCACUUGAGGCUGGUGAAAGGGUUUUAGAAGCUGGAGUCGGAGCUGGAGGAAAAGUCAUUGGAGCUGGUGUAGGCGCUGGGGGAAAGGUGCUAGGCGCUGGUGUUGGAGCUGGAGGCAAGGUGCUAGGUGCUGGUGUUGGUGCUGGAGGGAAGGUAUUAGGAGCCGGAGUUGGGACUGGAGGCAAAGUUGUUGGUCGUGGCGCCUCUUUAUUGAGGGGACUACGAGGAUCUGAGAAGUAG